AUGGUCACGCACGGCGAUCUGCCGAUGUUGCAGGCACGGGGCACUCGAGCCCGGCACUGCGCCACUGCGGCGGCGCCCGAGCACCUCACCUGGCUGGACAGCCGUGAAACUGGGCCAAUCAAAAGCAUUAAGGCGCAGGCGAGAAAGUUGCGGGCGACCAUCCAGAGGAGGACGGCCUGCGCGGGCGCCAGCGGUCAGGCACCCGACGUGGCCGCGAUCCUCGCCCACUACGGCACCGUGCUCGCCGAGAUCGAGGAGCAGAUCGGGCAACUUCUCAAGGACGCCUCGCCCCCCGAGGCGCCCGUGGACGCCGCCGAGCCCGCACCAACGGCGCCGGCGACCGGCGAGGUGGCUGACGGCAAGAAGUUUCAGAAGCGCGUGUCCUUCGGCGUUGAAGAGGCCCUGCCGGACAACGGGGGCGGCGAGCCCGGCAACCCGUCCGUGAGGAAGCGCCCCGCCGCCGGGUCCGUCAGCACCGUCGCCACCGUCAGCACGGUGUGCAGCUCCAGCGGCGAGCCGCAGCCGUAG